UAGACAGAUAUAGAGAGAGUCUGACAGAUACACAGACAGAGAGACAAAGAGAGAGAGAGAAAGCGGCCGGGGUUCGAGUCUCGCCGGUGUUUUGCGCUGCGUUGUCCCGGGCCGGUCUCUGGCUGCGAUGGAGCGCCUCCUCUUCGCCUCUCCUCCCACACGCAGAUCUUUCCUCUCCUCGGUUCCCUUCAUCCUCUGUUUUCUUUGCACGUCUGGCUGGGGCGACCCGCGGAGCCGGAGCUGCAGCGAGGUGCGGCAAGCCUACGGGGGGAAAGGUUUGAGCCUGGACACGGCGCCUCAGACUCAAAUAUCUGGAGAGCACCUGCGGACCUGCCCCCAGGACUACACGUGCUGCUCCAGCGACAUGGAGGAGGCGCUGUUGCGCCAGAGUGAGGCUGACUUCCGCAACGCCUUCGACCAGUCCAGCCAGUACCUCCUGACGACCUUCACGCAGAGACACCGCAAACUGGACGAGUUCUUCCGCGAGCUCAUUGAUGUCGCUGAGAAGUCGAUGAAUCAGAUGUUCACGAAGACAUAUGGGCGUCUCUACACGCAAAACUCACGCGUGUUCCAGGAGCUGUACAAGGAGCUGCGAAGCUACUACACGGGGGGCAGUGUGAGUCUGGACGAUGUCCUGUCUGAGUUCUGGGCUCGUCUGUUGGAGCGCAUGUUUACUCUGGUGAAUCCGCAGUACCAGUUCAGUGAGGAUUAUCUGGAGUGCGUCAGCAAGCACUCGGAGCAGCUCCGCCCAUUCGGGGACGUGCCGCGCAGGCUCCGCCUCCAGGUCUCUCGUGCGUUCAUUGCAGCUCGGGCGCUGGUCCAGGGUCUGGCGACAGGGAGAGACCUCGUGGGGCGCGCUGUCAAGCUCACCCCCACUCUGGAGUGCAAGCGUGCACUCAUGAGGCUCUCCUACUGCCCCCUGUGCCGGGGCCUGCCCUCCCUCAAGCCCUGCCACUCCUUCUGCCGCAACGUGAUGAAGGGCUGCCUGGCCAAUCAGGCGGACCUGGAUUCAGAGUGGAACAGCUUCAUUGACUCCCUGCUGCAGGUCACUGAGAAGCUGCAAGGCCCCUUCAACAUGGAGCUGGCGACAGACUCCAUCGGAGUGAAGAUCUCUGAGGCCAUCAUGUACCUGCAGGAGAACAGCGUGCAGACCAGCACCAAGGUGUUCCAGGGGUGUGGCAGCCCGCGGCCGGCACCGGGCCGUUCCAAACGAUCCCCGAGAGACGAGACGAAGCGGCGCUUCAGAACCUACACCCCCGAGGAGAGACCCACCACCGCGGCCCGGACCAACCUGGACAGACUGGCCACGGAUCUGAAGGACAAGCUGAAGGCGAUGCGCAGGUUCUGGGCGACGCUCCCCGACACACUCUGCAAUGACGAGAGACUCAGCGAGGACCUGAGCAACCAGGAGCGCUGCUGGAACGGGCAGGGCAGGGGCAGGUAUCUGCCGGGGGUGACGGGGGAGGGGCUGGUGAAUCAGAUCAAUAACCCUGAGGUGGAGGUGGACAUCGCCCGGCCCGACAGCAAGACCAGGCAGCAGAUCCUGCAGCUCCGCAGCGCCACCACCCGGCUGAGACACGCGCAGAGCGGCAGCGACGCAGACUUCCAGGACAGCAGUGAGGACGGUAGUGGCUCCGGUUUAGGGGAGCGCUACAGUGAGGACUGGCCGGCCUCCGGACCCAACCUGUACAACCAGAACCCCAACUCUCGGGCCGGGCCGGGACAGGGCAAGCCCCCCCGCGGCCGGGACAGAGCCCCCAAGUGGACCCGACCGAACCAGCACCAGAACCAGGGCGACCGAAUGCAGUCCGGAGCCCCAGGGCUGCAAAACAGACCUCCCCUGGUGCUGCUGCUACUGCUGCUGGCGCUCACUGCCAUCUACUGGCGGUAAGACAGCACUGCGCCCAGCCAGCCCAGCUUCCUUCAACUAACAGACCCCCCCCCACAUUGCAGAGAAGUUUGAACCAGUCGAGAUUUUAAAUGCAUUCAUACUGUGAGCUU